GGUGUUUGGCAUCUCCUCCUACUCCUCUUCUUCCUGGCAUUUUGAUUCGGCGAUCGAAGAAGUCAACAAAUGAGUUCCGGAACGCCGAAUUUAGACGAUCUUUCGAACGAUUGUCUCGCCCUUAUCAUCUCCUUAACCAGUCCACUCGAUGCCUGUAGAUCGUCGCUAGUUUCCAAAUCGUUCAACUCUGCCGCCGGUUCCGACGUCCUUUGGGAUAAGUUCCUGCCGGCCGACUACCAGAAUUUGGUUCCUGCAUCGCCAUCCUUUUCUUCCUUGAAGUCCCUUUAUCUCAGCCUCUGCGAUCAUCCUGUCCUCAUUGAAGACGGUAAAAAGGUACAGAAACAUCCCAACUCCCAACCUGCUCUCUGAUUGUUGUGUUUUCUUUUAACUUAUGUUAUUCCUCAUAUUAAUUUUUUUUCCUGAUUUGAUUUGUUGAAAUUGCGAGGUACCAACGUUGUGUUUGCA